AUGUUUGGUGGUCUGCAGUUUGGACUGUUGCUUGCGUGUAUUGUGUUGUUUGUACCUAUGGUAAUGGCGGGCUGGCAUUUGAGUCGUAACAAGAUGCUCUUCUUUAGCGGCGCCCUUUUCAUCAGUCUCGCGGUAUGCGUCCACUUGACUCCCUAUUUCCCCUCCGUCUCUGAUUUCGUGACCUCUGUACAAUCAGUAGUUAUAUUUGAUAACCGCGACGAUUCUUGCAUUAACUUGGUGAACGAAGUCGUGUGGGAUAUGAAGCCUAUCGUUGGUGGUGUCAGUGUGUCAUCGGCGGUAGCGUUUGAGAAGAAUUGGGGGUGGUCGAAGUCUUGGAAAGUGAUGGCUUGUGAAUUUCAGAAAUUGGGCAAGGGUGAUAUCUCCGAUCUACUCAACGGAUCCUGGGUUGUUGUGGCAGGGGACUCCCAGUCACGGUUAGUCGUUCAAUCGCUGUUGGGUUUAGUUUUGAACUCAGAACGAAUGGAAUCGAUCAAAGGGGAUUUGUUUAGAAGACACAGCGACUAUGGAAUUGUUGUUGAAGAAAUGGGAAUGAAAUUGGAUUUUGUGUGGGCCCCUUACGUUGCAAAUUUGAGCAACUUGAUGAUGGGUUUUAAGCAGAACAGAAGUUACCCCGAUGUCUUGGUAAUGGGAGCAGGGCUGUGGCAUAUGCUGCAUUUCACAAAUGCCUCGAGUUACGGUGUCGAUUUGAAGUCAUUGAGGAGCUCUGUGGUGUCGCUGCUGCCAUUGGCACCCGAAUUGGGAACUGAUGGCCCUGUAAUGGGUACAGUCUCUGUAAGAUCGCCACACUUGUUUUGGCUGGGCAUGCCGAUGUUGAUAAAUGGGAUGCUAAACACGGAAGAGAAGAGGGAGAAGCUGAGUGAUGAAAUGUGGCAUGCUUAUGAUAAGGUGCUGCGUGACAGUAGGCUCUUGCAUAGAUAUGGCGGGCCGUGUCUGUUGCUUGAUAUUCAAUCCUUGAGUUGGAAUUGUGGGCCUCGUUGUACAGUUGAUGGAAUGCAUUACGAUGGAGCUGUUUAUGAAGCAGCUGUACAGAUUCUGUUGAAUGCAUUGCUGAUAGAAUCUCAUCAGAAGCUCAUUACAUAG